UUCACUUCCUCCUCUUGUUGCUCAAUUUAGACAUACGCCAUUAUAGCGUUCUACCCUUUGAGUGUUAAGAGGCUGUCAGCACUGUGAAAAGAAUGGACAACACAGCUCAAGGAGGUAAAGCGUACGGUCUUCUCAAGUCUCAACAGGAAGAAAAACUGGACUCUAUCAAUGAGGCUUUUCUGUCAGACCCCACGUACGCAGAAGAGGAAGACCUAAGUUCAAAGCUUGAAAUGUUUAAAAAAAAAUACGUGGAGUUUGAUCUUAACGACAAAGGAGAAAUAGAUCUAAUGGGGUUAAAACGAAUGCUGGAAAAACUUGGCUUGGCCAAGACUCACUUGGAGCUGAAAAAGAUGAUGGCAGAGGUUGCUGGAGGGCCAUCAAAAGACACUAUCAGCUACCAUGACUUCCUGAAUAUGAUGCUGGGUAAAAGAAAUGCAAUUCUAAAACUGAUCUUGAUGUUUGAAGGCAUGGGGAAGGAGCAGGAGCAAAAAGAGGUUGCACCACCUCCCCGCAAAACAUUUUCAGACCUGCCUUGAAAGAUCCAAAUUCCAGCAGAGAUUAGUUUUUUUCAUAUUUAAUUACAACACGGAUCAUUAAAAUGUCAAUAGAAAAAAGCAAGCAUAAUAUAAUGUCCAUUAUGUAUGAAGUAAAGAAAUAUUCAUUAAACGUUUUGCAAAUAGCUAUCAAAACGUACCAUAUGAUGUGGCUUUAGCUACUUAAUUAAAUACAACAAAGGUUUUAAUAAUAUCUGGACUGUAAGUUUGUGCCCAUUUAAUAUCAGACCUUGAGCUAUUCUUAUACCAUAGUAUAAGGAAUGGCACAGUGUUAAAGGCCAUCAUUGGAAUGAUUUAUUUGUGGUUGGUGUCAUCAUUUUGUUGGAAAUUCAUUAAAGUUAAUGUAAAGCAAA